AGUUUGGGGAACUAGUGCCAGUCCAACAUAUUUUCAGAUAUUUGCUUUGCUGUUGUUUCUCAAUUUUAAGUUUUCAACACAUACCUGAAAAAGUCUCAGGAAUCUGUUCUGUGCAAGUUAGUCAUCCCAGAAGAGUGACAUUUCGGAACUGUAUGCCAAAGGAAAUGUUUCUUCUAUGUGAGCCAAUAAAAGAAAAAAGAAAGCCUGCUCAACACCUGUAAGGAGAUGGCUAUUAUAUGGAAAUCUGAAGAACUGCUAUAUAGCACAUUCAUGCUCCAAGUGCCAAAGGAGCAAAUGUUGUGAUGUUCCAGAAGGCCUUACAAUAGUGUAAACAAAAGGAGAAAGUUUAUAUCAACUUUUCAUUUGUGUUUGCAUAUUGGACUUCCAUGUAUUUGCUGUAGACAAAUCCAAGUCAAAUAUGCAGCUAAUUGUUUGAAACAUUCCAAAGUCAUCCAUAGAGGCUAUAGAUGUGGCAAAAAGAUUACUUUUCACUUAAUCUCUUCAAACUAUUGGCCAUCCUGCUUGUUGAAAGAGCAGUUGUUAAUUGUGAAUUUACAUUUUGAAUCAUUAUUAGGCAAGGUCAGUUUCUCUAGAAAGAAUCAUGCUUGCUAAUGAUACCUGUAACAGGACAGAUGGUGACAAUACAGAUUUCCGGUACUUUAUUUAUGCAGUGACAUACACUGUCAUUCUUGUGCCAGGUCUCAUAGGGAACAUAUUAGCCUUGUGGGUAUUUUAUAGUUACAUGAAAGAAACCAAACGGGCUGUCAUAUUUAUGAUUAAUUUAGCAAUUGCUGAUCUAUUACAAGUUCUUUCUUUGCCGCUGAGGAUCUUUUACUAUUUGAACCAUGACUGGCCAUUUGGGCCUGGCCUUUGCAUGUUCUGUUUCUAUCUGAAGUAUGUUAAUAUGUAUGCCAGCAUCUACUUCUUGGUCUGCAUCAGUGUGCGACGAUUUUGGUUUCUCAUGCACCCCUUUCGCUUCAUUGACUGCAAACAAAAAUAUGACUUGUACAUCAGCAUUGCUGGCUGGUUGAUUAUCUGUCUUGCCUGUCUACUCUUUCCUCUUCUCAGAACCAAUGAGGAUACACCAGGCAGCAGAACCAAAUGCUUUGUGGAUCUUCCUACUAGGAAUGUCAAUCUAACCCAGUCUGUUGCCAUGAUGACUGUUGGUGAAUUAAUUGGGUUUGUUACUCCUCUUCUGAUUGUCCUGUACUGUACCUGGAAGACAGUUUUAUCACUUCAAGAUAAACAUCCCAUUACUCAAGACCUUGGAGAGAAAAAGAAAGCCUUGAAGAUGAUUCUAACGUGUGCAGGGGUAUUCCUAAUUUGUUUUGCUCCAUAUCACUUCAGUUUUCCUUUAGAUUUCCUGGUCAAGUCCAAUGAAAUUAAAAGCUGCCUAGCUAGGAGAGUGAUUCUAAUAUUUCAUUCUGUGGCUCUGUGUCUUGCUAGUCUGAAUUCAUGCCUUGACCCAGUCAUAUACUAUUUCACCACUAAUGAAUUCCGAAGACGUCUUUCGAGACAAGAUUUGAAUGAUAGCAUCCAACUCCAUACAAAAUCAUUUGUGAGUAACCACACCACUUCUAACAUGGCAACUGAAUUAUGCUAGAUUAAAAAAAAAACUGAAUGUGGCUUGGAAUGCAAGUACAUCAAAAUACAUCUGCAACACCCAAAGCAAUGUAGAAAUGUUCCCUGGAAGCAUUCAUAACUUUUCAGUUAUGUUCUGUCUUACUUGUUUGGGCAUGCACAUCUUUAUAACACAACCUAUUUGGAGCAUUAUGGUCAACCAUCAUUGAUGUUAAUAUGUCCAAAUAGUAAUUUGUCAUCAAUCUUAAAAAGAUUUAAAAACUAUAAUAUUUCAAUUAAUUUCUAUACACACAUUCUCUCAACAAGAGUCUUAAUCUGUGAACUCAGGUUACAAAGAGAUGACUAGCUUGGAGUCACCAUAAGCACUUAGCUAAUAUGGACAGUGAACAUCGCUUUUCAGAGGAAGUAUAGUCUAUUUACAGUAAUGAUCACAGUUUACAUUCCAACAUAUUUUGGUUGGAUUUCAAGUAGGAUAGACAACAUAAUAUUCUGUGUAAACAAAAUGUUAUAAACAUAGGAUCACUUUUAUCUCCCAUAUGUGAUUACAGUCCAUGGUUUGAAGAUACAAAUAACCAUUUUCAUCAUUCAGUGUCAAUGUGAAACAUCAUUUGUCCUACAUAUUUGUUGAUUGAAACUCUGGUUAGCUUAAACUAACAAUAAUAUACAGAUUCACAUCAAGAACCCUCUAUGACUAUAUAAAAUGCUAGACUGAAUCUACCCAGGGCAAGUAGCUAUCCCGAGUCUACCCACAAUGACCCCAAAGGCCUUUAGGCUGAGGAAAAAGCAGAUUUAUCAAAAUCAUACUUCUACCUUUCUUCAAGUAUUUCUGAAGAACACUUCUGGAGAUACAUAAGCCUUCCAAGGUACAAGGUUUUUCAUUAUAUCUCUAUAAUGACACUUAGGUAACUCUGACAAGUUACUGCACUUUCUGAGCCUAUGGAAGAAAUAGUGCAUUAAGUAAUCAUGAAGUUUAAGCCAGAGUGAAAAGAUAAAGCAAAGUCAAGUCUACCUGUUAUAAAUGAUCCCAACAUUGUAUUUAUUACUUCAAUUAGGUGGCUUCUGUCAUGCCAUUUUCACAAGGCAGGACAGAUUUGGAAGAACUCAGUUCUGUGAAUCUUCAAACUUAAUUUGAUUUUUUUCUAGUUCAGCUUUUCUGUAGUCCUACCAUUGUGAGCUCUACACACCUUACCUCCCAACAAGUGGAAAGAAUAAUUCCUUCUCCUUUGAAGGAAAGUGCAAAAGAACAUUUUGGGAGCUGUGUACAUCCUUUAUAAUACCUUACCUGCUACACAUUUGAUAUUCUUCUGCAAGACAAAUUUGAGGGAUGAAUAAUAAUUAAAUCUGAGGUUUUAAAAUAGUAGGAUACUCCAAAACAUGUUUCAGCAAAAAGCUCCAACUUCUCAAAAAGGCUGUAUUUAGAAUCUGUGGGCUAUAUAAUGAAGACAUGGUCCAGUUUUCAUCCAGAAGGAAUGUAAGAACCAAACAAGGUUUUUUAUUUAUUUAGAGGAAGAGGUAGUUUAAGAACACAGGAUAUUAAUAUAUUUGAGGGGAGAAAAUGUGUGAAAUCAAAGUAAAUUCUAAUACUUAAGAAUAUUGAUUUGCUUGAAAUAACACUGUUAGAAAA